AUGGAGCAGUCAGGGUCUGAAGAGAGUCAGAACCUUUCAAUCCAUGAACGCUUCAAACCUGACAUUCCUUCUAUCAGAGAGCUGGAAUGUAUUUUGGAUAGCUGCAGGAUGGAAUUAAACCAUGUGGAUGAAGUAUGGUCUAAUCUCUAUAUAGGUGACAUGUUGAUAGCACAUGACAAGAAGGAGCUGCGGAAACUUGGCAUCACUCAUGUCCUGAAUGCUGCACAUUCAGCGUGGGGAAGCAAAGGGGACCAAGGUUUCUAUGGCCCAGAAAUCCAUUACCAUGGCAUAGCUGCAGAAGAUUCAACUGAUUUUAACCUUCGCAUGCAUUUCUACCCUGCCUCCAAAUACAUUAACAAAGCACUGAGUGUUUUGAAUGGAAAAAUCUUGGUUCACUGUGUGCUUGGUAAAAGCAGAUCUGCCUCUCUAGUGCUAGCUUAUCUUAUGAUCUACCAUCACUUCUCACUAGCUGAUGCUGUAGAAAAAAUUAUCCUGCACCGAGCCAUUUUCCCAAACCGAGGGUUCCUGAAACAGCUGCAGGACCUAGACAUUGAACUGCGCUACAAAAUAAAAUUGUGUGAGCUUUUAUAACCUGAGGGAAAAGGAAAGAUCAGUAUUGGCUAAAUACAAAGGAAGCAUCCCAAACAGAAUCAUAAAGCAUAAUGAAGUAAAUGAUGAAAUUAACAGGGAGCAAAACUCAUGUGCCAAACUCUAUCCCAGCCCUAAAAGUUGGGAAGAUUUUAGAUCUGGCUCUGAAUUUCACAUCUUGCUCCUCUCUGUUGAGUUAAUUUUGGUUUGACCAACUCCGGGUAGAACUUUUUUAACUAACUUGGGCCUGCCUCCUUAUUGACCCUUGAUUUGCAUGCUCUACCAGUCUGGGACUGUUGUAGGAUUCUAGUUUCAGAGUAACCCCUCCUGAAGAAAA